AUGAGAUUUUGGUUUAGCAAAAAGAAAAAUAGUUCAGAAUAUAUUGAUAACAAAAAAAAAAACAAUGAUGAAAUAUACAAAGCUAUUUUAAAAAACAGGGAAGCCAUUGAUGCUUUGGAAAAAAAGCAGGCUCAGGUUGAAAAGAAAAUUAAGCAACUUGAUUUGGAAGUAAAGCAAAAGGUCCAACAAAAUCAAAUGAAUAAUGCGAAAAUAUUAUUAAAACGAAAAAAGUUAUAUGAACAGGAAAUAGAAAACAUUCUAAAUAAUAGAUUAACACUAGAAGACAAUAUGAUAAAUCUAGAAAAUAUGCAUUUACACAAAAUUGCUGUUAAUGCAUUAUCUUAUGCUGCUAAUACCCACAAAAAAUUUAAUAAUGAAAUAAACACACAAAAAGUAGAGAAAAUUAUAGAUACUCUACAGGAGCACAAGGAUAUACAAGAAGAAAUAAAUCAAGCUUUAUGUUUUAAUCCAUUAAAUAAUGUGGAUGAUGAUGAAAUUGACAAAGAGCUUAAUUUGCUAAAAGAGCAAUCAAUCCAAGAAAAAAUUAGUGCACCAGUUAAUAGUAUUUCUGAAGUCGCAAUUGAUAAAGAAAACUUUUCUACAAGUAGCACUGUAAAGCAAACUACUAAAGCUAAUGAAGAGUCCGAUGAUGAAGAAUUAAAAGAACUAAUUGGAGAAAUGACAUAA